UGGGUUUUUUAUGCGUCCCUGACUCCGGGGACGUUCACGGAUGCAUCAAGCAGAACCCUGCUUAAAGUCCUUUCACUUGAGACCCUAUUUUAAAUUAAUUUCAGUUUGUCUAGGAUGUAUCUGCUGUUUCAGUUUUACCAUUUUGGCUUGUUUAUUGCUCAAUAAAGGGACAGAGCUGCUUUGGUGCAUGGUAGCAACCCUGUGGCAUCCCUUGCAGGAAUGGUUGGCUCUCAGAAUUGCAGAAGGUGCUCAAUUAAACGGCAAGGUGACAGAUUCGUAACUAGGAAGAGCACUUCCUUCUAGGCAAAAAGAUACAAUGGGAUUGUGAAACUUGUUUGGAAGUCGCUGAAGCCAAGAAGAAGUCCUGGUAUAUGUCACAAGGGAAACAUGCAGAAGCAAGAGAGCUAAUGUAUUCAGGGGCGUUGCUGUUCUUCAGUCAUAGCCAGCAAAAUAGCGCUGCUGAUCUGUCCAUGCUGGUUUUGGAGUCUUUGGAGAAAUCAGAUGCAAAAGUAACAGAUGACCUUUUAGAAAACUUGGCUAAAUUGUUUAGUUUAAUGGAUCCAAAUUCUCCGGAAAGAGUGGCUUUUGUAUCCAGAGCACUGAAAUGGUCUAGCGGAGGAUCAGGAAAACUCGGUCAUCCAAAACUACACCAGUUACUAGCAAUUACCUUGUGGAAAGAGCAAAACUAUAGUGAAUCUCGGUAUCACUUCUUGCACUCUACAGAUGGCGAAGGAUGUGCAAAUAUGCUAGUAGAAUACUCCUCGUCCAGAGGAUAUCGCAGUGAGGUGGACAUGUUUGUAGCACAGGCGGUCCUACAAUUUCUCUGCUUAAAAAAUAAGACCAGUGCAUCAGUUGUUUUUACGACAUACACACAGAAACAUCCGUCAAUAGAAAAGGGUCCGCCCUUUGUUCAACCACUUCUAAACUUCAUCUGGUUUCUGUUAUUGGCCGUUGAUGGAGGAAAACUAACAGUAUUUACAGUAUUGUGUGAACAGUAUCAACCCUCGCUGAAAAGAGAUCCCAUGUAUAAUGAGUACCUAGAUAGAAUAGGACAGCUUUUCUUUGGAGUUCCACCCAAGCAGACAUCGUCCUACGGAGGAUUACUAGGAAAUCUUUUAAACAGUCUGAUGGGAACUGGAGAAGAUGAUGACACAGAAGAUGGUCAGGAAGAUAGCAGUCCUAUCGAACUUGACUGAAUAUUUUUGUCCUCGGGUGCCGUGUAAAUCUGAUGAUUCGAUGACUCCAAAGACAGUUUUGGAAUUUGAAUCCUGCAGUUGUUUCUUGGCGCCUAAAAGGGCUCCUCCGCUCUUUUAGAAAUGGUUGCUGAAAUGUUUAUAAUGUUCGGUCUAUAUUAUUUAUGUAAAAAAAAAAAAAAAAAAAAAGAAACCAACAAAAAAUAGCCAAAAGAACCAAUCGGAGCAAUUGUUAGCAGGUUUCCGAUACGGCGGCUGGUGACUUUGAUUAAAAUAUAGUCUUCUACGGUUUCUGAUGCAGUACUCCCUUUUGCACAGUAAUUCAAUAAAGCAUAAAUAUGGGUCUUGUACUUCAAGGUCUACCAAUAACAUCUUUGUUACAAGAAAGCCUCCUUGACCUCUGCCAUCUCCAAGGAACAUCUUGAAAGGCAGGGUGAUUAAUUGAAUAAUUUAUUUGUGAGGCUGGUGCCAAAAGCAUUGUGAGAUGAGCCAAAGAGUAUAAUUAGAGAUGCACAUCUGAGACACUGAUACCAAGAACUCACUUUUACUGCAGUGAGUCAACAUGCAUGCUAUUCAUGCUGCCUUUCAGCCUAUUUAAGAUUGGGCCCUGGCUGAGCCCGCAUGUGUUUGGCUGAUAUUUUUGGAAAAGCACAAAAUUGAAUUGCUUUUGAGUAAAAGCUGAUCAGUGGGACACAGGUAAGUGGCUUCCAUGUGGAUCUCUCUGGCCUAGCUGUAAAAAUAGGGUAUCUAAAAUACCUCUGGCUUGUGGCUCUACUCCUUUGGAACAGAUUCUUUUUCAGUCUGAGUUUAUAAGCGUACGUAAAGGCGUUUUAUAAGUGAAUGAAAUGAUUUGCCACAGUCUGUGUUUGAACCACAGCUCUUUGUAAAGAAAAGGGAUACUGCAGACUUUUUGUUCUUUAUGAUAUAUUUAUUUUUCUUGGGUGAUUGAUUCAUUUAACACUUCCUGUAAAAAGAAUAAAUCAAUAAAUAAUGGAGUAACUUCAA